GCACAGCAAUGUGGACCGCAACAAACGUGACAAAAAUGAAACCAAAGAUAUCGUUGAAGUCGCUGCUGCUUCUCUUAUCAGCAAUUACGGAGGCGAGCUCUGGCAAGUACCGCAACAACGAUGAUAGAGGAAUAAUCUAUGACUAUGCCAACAGUUCCAGCCUCAUGCCGGGAAACAUCACAAGUGCGGUGGACAAGGAGUGCCAUGACUUCAACCAGAUAGCGAGAUGGAUCAACCUCCAGGUGGUGCUGAACGGGAAGGUAACGCGGUUCAAUCAGCGUCUGGGCAAACUGCUUGUCGGCCUCAACAACACGGCCCCGGUGGAGCACUGCUGCUUCUACGAGAAGACCACGAUGAAGAAGAUCGUGGACUAUUUAAACAGCGUGGCCAAAGACCAAGCUAGUUCGACGGAGGUGAAGUUGAGCCCCCUCAAGCUGGUCGGGGAGUUGGGCCAGGACCUGGACAACAUUCUGGCCCAGAUGGGAAAGCUCAUUAAGCGGGACAUAAAGAGCUGUUGUGACCAGCUGGCUGAGGGCCUCAAGAAACAGAAAGCGGAUCUGGGGAAAAACUUGGAGGAGCUUCGGAGGAGGCGGGACAAAGCUAAUGGAGAGCAAGGCAAGGCGGCGGAGGAGCUGAGGAAAAAGCAAGCAGACCAGGAGGAGCAACUGGCGGAUUUACGGGAGCAGAUGGAAAAGAUUGAGGAGAAAUUAAGAAAGAGCGGAGAAGGUGUCAGCACCAAAUGUUGCGCGGAGCUCGGUGAGAAGCUCCAGGAUCUAGAGGGCCAAGCGAAGAAGGACAAGACUGAAGCUAUCGACAAGGCCAAGAAGAUUGACAAAAAGCUAGAGGAUCUUACAGAAGGACAAAAGGAUCAGGACGACAGACUGAAGGACAUCCAGAAGAAAAUGGACGAUAGACUGAAGGAUAUAGCGAGCGCCAUUGACAUGUGCAAAGAGAACUGCGGCAAUGGAUCGACCGGAGGAUCAAACGCAAGCACUUCCGAUUUAGAAACGAGAGUUGAAGCCCUAAGGAAAUUAGUCGAGGAUCUUUCCAAAAGGAUUGCUGAUCUGAGUCCUUCGGAAGGGUCUUCCGGCAUUAAAGAGAAAAUCAAAUCUUGUCAAGAGAUUGGAAAACUGCUAGCCACCAUAGAAACUAUGCUUCAGCAGGCUAUUAAAGGACAGAAUCCAGCGGGAGAAUCAGCCGAUAGCAGUAAAAAUGGGCUAAAAAAGGGAAACAAUCUCGAAAAGCAGGUGAAAGACCUGCAGAUACAAGUAGACAGGUCCAGGCACUGCUGUAAGUUCCUCGAUGGUAUCGGGAAUGAUGCGGAUAACCUAAGCAGUAAUGUCGAAAAAACAAAUAAAACGUAUACCGAUCACAUUAGCGAUUUGGAAAAGCAAACGGGGGACCUCAAAAAAUGGGUGGAUGAAGCUCUGGAAAAGAUAAAGGCGCUUGGAUCCCAAAAAGACUCUGACAAUGGCAGUGGCAAUGAUGACCUGCUGACGGAUCUGGACAGACUCCAACAGAAUCUGGACAACUCCACGAAAGAUAUCGAAAAUCUUCAGACUCAGCUGGAUAAUAUGAUGGCUCACAUUGCGGUGCUAACGAAAACCAUCAAGGAUAGGUUCGCCAUGACAGAAGAUCUCAACAGCCGGCUGCUUCGCUUGGAGGAAGCUGUCGAAGACCUGAGGAAGGAUAUUGAUAAGACGCUGAAGGUAGUCCAGCGCAUUAAGGAUCUGGAGAAACUCCUCGAUGAUGCGUUGGACAGGCAACAAAAACUGGAGAUCCAGGUGAAGAGGUGCCUUACCAAGUGCAAGGCCAUGGACUCGAUAGAUGAUCUCAUUGAUCGCAUUGAGGAUCUGGAGAGGGAGAUCAAGCCCAAAACAACAACCACAGAGAAUCAGCCACGGGAUACGACGCGAGCCACAACGAGGGUAGAGGCCUGGGUGGGCGGGAUCGACGUGGUGACCCCAUUCGUUCAGCCAAAUUAAAUGUUCGUAUUAAACUUUGACAGCUAAUCCGGCGGUGUUUUUAUAUUUUUAGAAAUCGAAACUGAAGCUUACUUUGAGUAUUUAGCUACUUUGACUUGGUGCUCAGAUUUUUCAAUCAAAAAUGUUCAUUUAAAAUGUUCAAAUCAAAAGCACUGCGAUGUGAGGAGACGGGUCUCGAUUCUGGCCUGCAGGAGUGCCAGAAGUUGAAGGAUGACCUCGGAGACUGCCUGAAUAUCGUUGAGCGCCUAAGCCGCAAAAAUAGUGAUCCAGUCGAGGAUCGCCUUUCCGUGGACUGCCUGGGCUCAGUCUCUGCUCUAGAGACACGUAGCUGCUCUGACUUGAGUAGCAGUUCCUUGUUGCUGCCGGACUCGGAGGGGAACGAGAAGAGCAUUCCAGCGGAAGCCAGGAGCGACCAGAAGCUGCGCAGCUCCUACGUCGACAUACGCACCAAAUGCAUUAAGGUCAAGCGCGAGCUGGAAGCCACAGUGUCGCUCGCCAAACACAUAAGCGGAUUGGCCCAUCGUCAACGGAAUAGGGACUAUAGCAUUCCAGAGGAGAAACCGCCGACUACCUGGAGAACCUAAAGAACCUAAAAAAUCUUCGGAACAAUGGUGCUCUAGAGGAAGGCUACACUUGUUUUUAUUCAAUUUCAUCAAAGUUUUGGCUGCCGGUGAUCGGGACGCACAAAUUGCAAAUUUUCUCGACAUUUGGCAGCUUUUAUUAAAAAUUACUGUCACCAUAAGACGAGACAGAGAA